CCCAGGAGUGGGGCUUUCAUUAGGAUUGGGCCACUGUGUUGCUUAAGUUUUGUCAUCCAAAGCAGUCCAUAAACAAGCCUGUACCUUGCACAUCUACGAUAUAAGCGCUGUUGUCAAUCGUUCAUCAUGAAGUUUUCAGUAACAAUAUGUCUGUUGUUCAUCGCCAUCGUCCAAUUGUCACAUUGCUUCCCCAAGGAACUUCUGUCUAUAAAUAGUCUACAAGAAAAGCUUUUAAGCAAUGCAAAACCGAUAGUUGAUACUGCCAAAGAGGCAGAAUUGUGCUGCAAUACUGUAACACACGAACUUGGAAAAAAAUUUGUAGAUAUGUAUUCCAAGGUUUCGAGUUUUGCAGCGAGUGCUUUGCAAUUUCCUAAGCAGAAAGUUUUAGAUUUUGGAAAAGGUUUGACACAAACUCUAGAUUUAAUUGGCGGAAAGCUAGUAGGUUUAAUGUAAAACGUUAUUAGCAUUGUCGUUGAAGGAGUGAGAACAUUCUAAGUCAAAAUGGUUCAUUUUUAAAUUAUCAAACUGUAGUCAAAAUAAAUUUUAAAGACUGAAGCCAUUUGUUUGUACACUUUUAACUUUUAUUCUAUUUCUUGCAAAACAAAAAUAAAUGUUGUCAGAUUAUUAUAUAAAUUUGUAAACUAUAA